AUGUCCUCUCGACCGAACCCUCUACGCCCAGGUCUUGACCAUGCGCCAGCACACCCGAGCAGUCUGCGGCAGACGUACACGGCUUCGUCCAGCGGCGGUUCUGCCGACGACGAGGAGGGGUCCGACUCGCCCCGCAGCCCGCCGCCGUCAGCCUCGGCACACCACCCUGGAGCCGGACCAAGUUCACAACGGAGGCCGACAGAGACUACAUCCUUGCUAGGUACACCGUUGGAUUUCAGGGAAUCUGCGCACGAAGGACCCUGCAACCACGGCACAUUCUCCCCGCGGCCCCUGAGCCCUGCGAGUGAAGACAUCCUGGCCGACUCGCUCAGUCUUUCCGAGUCCGAGCCCGAGUCGCCCGGGCUGCACACCAUCGACGGUGUGCUGUCGGCGGGUUCCCACAAGAAGCGCAAGAGCUGGCCGAAGCAAUGGGCGUCCAAGAUGAGGAGCAAGAAGAUGAGCACUUCGAGUGCACUGGCGGAGCGGCAUGGUGUUGAGGACUCACCUCUAAUGUGGGCUCCCCUUUACUUUACUUACCCCUAUGGUGCUGUUGGCGUCGUCAGUGCUAACUUUGCUGCCAGGUACCUUUCGUACUACCUCCCCGUCAUGGUCUGGGCGCGCGAGUACAGCUGGUCCUACUUCAAGGGUGACUUUGUAGCCGCGCUCACCGUGGCCGGCAUAUACGUUCCCAUGGCCCUAUCGCUGGCCGAUAAUCUGGCCCACGUACCGCCCAUAAACGGCCUGUACUCGUUCGUUUUGAACCCGCUCGUGUACGCGCUGCUUGGCAGCUGUCCUGCCAUGAUCGUCGGCCCGGAAGCGGCUGGUUCGCUCCUCGUCGGCACCGUAAUUAAGACAACGGUCGAUCGAGGCGGCGGCGACGCCGACGCCGAGCUGCACGCAAGGCUGUGUGGAAUUGUCGCCGGACUCUCAGGCGCCAUGGUCUUCAUUGCCGGGGUCGCGCGGCUGGGCUUCCUGGAUAGCGUGCUUUCCCGCCCGUUUCUCCGCGGCUUCAUCAGCGCUAUUGGCGUCGUGAUCGCCGUUGACCAGCUCAUCCCGGAGCUUGGGUUGAACAGACUGGCCGACCAUGCCCAUGUCAACCACAGUAGCAGCGUGGACAAGCUGGCUUUCAUCUUCAAGAACUUAGACCAGGUGCAUACGCUGACUUUGACCGUCGCCGGCACGAGCUUUGCCGUUAUUAUGGUCUGUCGAGAGCUCAAGCGCCGCAUGCAGCCGCGGUAUCCUGGCGUCGCCUACGUGCCGGACCGCUUCAUCGUCGUUGUCAUAUCGGCCUUUCUGGCGUACUGGUUCGAGUGGGACAAGGCCGGCGUCGCGGUGCUCGGCAAGGUCGGGGCGGCAAGCGGCCGCUUGUUCAAAUUCCGCUGGCCGCUGCAACCGUCCAACAUGAAGUACAUCCGCGAAGCCAUGGGCACGUCGUUCCUGAUUGCCCUGCUCGGCUUCUUCGAGUCCUCGGUUGCCGCCAAGAGCCUCGGCGGUCAGGGGUUCGCCGGCAUACAGCUGAGCCCCAACCGAGAGCUGGUGGCCCUCGGAACGGCCAACCUCAUCGGCGCUUGCUUCUCGGCCUUGCCCGCUUUCGGCGGCUACGGCAGAAGCAAGGUCAACAGGUCGACGGGCGGCCGCACGCCCGUGAGCUCUCUCAUACUCAGCGCGCUGACACUGGUCUGCGUCCUCUUCCUGCUGCCUUACUUCUAUUACCUUCCGAAACCCGUUCUGUCGUCUCUCAUCAGCGUCGUGGCGUGGUCGUUGAUCGAAGAAUGCCCGCACGACAUUUCCUUCUUCCUUAAGAUUGGCGCUUGGCAAGAGCUAGGUCUCAUGAUGGCUAUUCUGCUCGCGACCAUCUUUUUCUCGCUCGAGCUCGGCAUGGCUAUCGGCGUGGGUCUGUCCCUAUUGCAGGUCAUCCGCCAUGCCACGCGGCCGCGCAUCCAAAUCCUCGGGCGCAUUCCCGGCACCAACCGGUUCGAGAACGCAGAGGCCAACCCAGACCGCCUCGAGUUCAUCGAGGGAUGCCUGAUUGUCAAGAUCCCCGAGCCGCUGACGUUUGCCAACACGGGCGAGCUCAAGACCCGAUUGCGCCGGCUGGAACUCUACGGCACGAGCCAGGCGCAUCCAGCGUUGCCGCGGCUGAGGAGAGAAGACUCUAACCGCAACAUCAUCUUUGACAUACACGGCGUGACCUCGCUCGACGGCAGCGGGACGCAGGUGCUCGGGGAAAUCGUCGAGGACUACCGGCAGCGAGGCGUGCGUAUCUUCUUUAGCCGCGGGCCAGGCCGUGAUUCGCAGGUUGGGCGGAUGCUCCGCCGCAGCGGCAUCGUCGAGCUUGCGGGCGGAGAGCACCAUUUUGUUGAUGACGUGCACGAGGCGCUGAAGCUCACGGAGGACGAGGAGGAGGGCGGGACUGGCGGUCAUAGUAGUAUACAGUCCUAG